AAGGCGAAAAUCGUAUUCAAGUGGCGUUUGAGUCAGGGUAGGACGGUAGGGUCAAGAUUUGUUCACCUACUCACUCUGCAUGCCUGCCAUUUUUCCUCGAUACUGUAAAAAACAGUUCGCAUAACGUAACAAAAAAGCAUGGAUGUAACUGAAGUUGUUAACGGGCAAAUGAUUUGGUUGGGUUAUCAAUUUAAAAAUGAGAGGGAGUAGAUUUAGAAUAAUAGAAUAACUGCAAUCGUUAAAGGUGGUGGUGUUCAGUAAAAGAAGGUGCACUAGAUCACGCUACAUUAUUAAAAAAAUUAAUGCCCAUAAAGUUGAGUCCAUGUUAAAGGUGUAAGCAUUUAUAAGUAGCAGAAGGGUCAGUGGUUCAGUGCAAAGGCAGCCAUGGCUGAAAGCAGAGGAGGAUUCAAUGCAAUGGUGGCGUUUGGAGUUGUAAUGUGGCUCAGCCUCUGUUUGGGCGGCGCAGAUGCAACGUUCUGGAGUUUUCCUCCACUUCCUCCAUUUCAUGGAAUCCCCCCCGUGAAAGGAUUUCCUCCCCUGCCUCCUUUUCAUGGCUUUCCCAAAUAUCCUCCCCCAAUUUCUUUUCCUCCCCACAUACCCAUUACAAAACCGCCGCCAAAGUACAUCCCUCCGCCCAUACCCAUUACUAAGCCGCCGCCAAAAUACCUCCCUCCCCAUAUCCCCAUUACUAAGCCGCCGCCAAAAUACCUCCCUCCCCAUAUCCCCAUUACAAAGCCGCCGCCAAAAUACUUCCCUCCACCAGUUUAUCACUACAAAUCACCACCUCCACCUGUUUAUUACUACAAAUCACCUCCUCCACCAAUUUACAAGCCCAAAUUCCCUCCACCCAUUUAUAAGCCCAAAUUCCCUCCACCAAUUUAUCACUACAAAUCACCACCUCCACCAGUACAUGUUGUAAAACCAGGGUCACCUUAUCAUUACAAAUCGCCACCUCCACCAUUACACCACCACCACCACCACCAUCACCAUCACCACCACCUUCCUCCACCACCCCACCAUGAAGUAAAGCCUGGUUCUCCCUACUAUUACAAAUCUCCACCGCCUCCGUUUUACAAGCCCAAAAUUCCUCCGCCUGUUUACAAGCCUCCACCAGUAUAUAAACCUCUGCCGCCACCAAUUGUGCAUAAGCCUCUGCCGCCGCCAUUUGUGCACCCUCUGCCACCGCCAUUUCACUUAACAUUUCCCCCAUUACCCCCCUUCAAAGAACCGCCCCCUUUCACAUUUCCACCAUUCCCUGGUCAUAAAUUGCCACCUCUGCCGCCGCCAUUUGUGCAUAAACCGCCAGUUUAUCAUCCCCCAGUCCACUACUAUUACAAAUCCCCACCGCCCCCAGUUUACAAGCCCAAAAUUCCUCCGCCGGUAUACAAACCCCUUCCGCCGCCAUUCCAUAAACCCCUGCCUCCACCAUUAGUGCAUAAACCACCAGUUCACUACUAUUACAAGUCUCCGCCGCCACCAGUUUACAAGCCCAAAAUUCCUCCGCCGGUAUAUAAACCCCUGCCGCCGCCAAUUGUCCACAAACCUCUCCCGCCGCCAAUUGUGCACAAACCUCUCCCGCCGCCAAUAGUGCAUAAGCCUCUGCCGCCGCCAUUUCACUUAACAUUUCCCCCAUUACCUCCCUUCAAAAAACCGCCGCCAUUCACAUUUCCGCCAUUCCCUGGUCAUAAAUUGCCACCACCUUUUCACUUCACAUUUCCACCAUUCCCCAAGUAUCCCACGCCUCCUCACAAGGCUUGAUCAAUUAUUCAGGCGCCGCCAUGCCUACAAAUAAUACAACAGCUGAGGAACUAUUGUUGGGUGGAGCAAUUUCUGUAGCUGCCAAAUAAAAUCAUACUGUGUAAUUCCUAUGCAUUGUUUAAAUAAAUGUAGUUGUUAUCAUUGUGAGAGACGUCGGAGUUCCAGACAAAAUCUUUCACUGAGAUCAGUUAGGUUGAGAUUAUUGCAUUGUUAGGCAAUGCGGUGUGUGUUGUGUAAGUUGUGUUUCAUUCAUUGAAGUUGAGUUUAGCUCUGGUGGGCAUUGAUGAACUGCACGUUGUAUAUCAUCUUCUGUCGUAUAUAUAUAUAUAUGACAUUGGAAUAAAUUCUUUCUCUUUCUUUUGCUAUAUGAUUCAGUGAUUUUUCUUAA